AUGUAUAGUUGCAUUGAAAAAGCUUUAAGAGCUACCGAAUAUUAUUCCCCAGUUUCAUUAUUACGUGCACUAAAAAAUGUUAAAGAACGCAAACCCUACAAGCUUAUACAGCUGCAAGCAUCAGACUUUAUGGAAUUUCAAGUUAAUGCGCAAAACGUUAACUAUGACGCAGCUCCUUUCUCAAAGGUAACAUCGCUAGAGCUAACAAAAACUCUUUUUCAAAUCAAGUACAAAACCUCUUUUUUACAAAACAUCUUCACAACCGUUAAUCUUCGACAGAAGAUGAGAAAGGGAGCAACCAACGAUAACAUCGCCCAAGUAAAGCAACCCCGUUAUAAGAUAAAACUGCCUGAAAAGAAAGUACAAGCUAUAAGAAGUAUGUUUCCCUGGAUGCCCAAGGUAGAUCUAGAAUAUUACAAAGCGAUUUUACCAAAGCAGAGCAGUUCAAGCGUCCAGACGGCAGUAGUAAAUGAAACAGGAAAAAAGAUGAAAAAGUGA